AUGGACAUGAAGAGCCUGAAGAGCUACCUCUAUUGGCUGUACUGCCAGUUUGAACUCAUCACCUGCAGCUACCUGAUGGAGCCCUGGGAGAAAGUGCUCUUCCACAGCUUCAACGUGGCCAUGCUGCUGGCAGUGCUGUACUCUGCCUAUGUCUUUGUCCCUGGGCAUGUCAGCACAGCUCUGCAGUUCUUCCUGCACCUCUUUGGAAAGCAGCAGGACAACCAGCAUGUGGCUGUGGUGAAGUAA